AUGACCUCCUGGGCCCUGCAGAGCCGUCCACGGAGGAUCUACCAGACUUGCUUGAUCCGGCCAACCAAGAAGAACCAAUUCGGUCUUGCGAGAUUACUUGCGGCACACCGCACACCGACCCCGGCGGGUGCCGGCAAGGACAACCCCACCCCGGGCCCGUCUCGACCUGCUGCUCCUGGUAAUUUUGAAUGGCCAAUCGCUAUUGGCAGCACGCCUACCGCGGAGCCACCCGGUCCGCCCUCUAAGCCCGCUGAGAAUGACGAUGAGGUCGACAUCGUCCCAGACGACGAGGAGGAGGAAGGGCCUAGAAGGAUCGUGGAAGCUGCCAAGUCGAGCCAAGCACUGAACGACAUCAUCCGCACGCCCGACGACUCCGCCUUCGGGCAUAACACGGCCGACUACUUCCACCUUCCGGUCGAGAACUUCGGUUCGGACAAUGGCAUCACCCUUCUUGGCACCAGAAUGUCGGCAAGGCCACAGCAGUACCUUGACACCUAG